AUGAAAGUCAAAAGACCACCACGAUAUCAUCCGACGGGCGCAGGUGACCGCCACGUCCGACGUGCCGAAUCGAGGAGAAAGAAAAUCCGACGGGCGGAUGGCCGUGGCGAAAGAACGGACGUGGCGCAGAAAAUGGAGGAACAUCGCGAGGAUCGUGCUAUAGCGUCGCUGUUGGCUGGACAUAUCGAUGACGACGCGGGGAUGUGGGGGAGAGCUUCAACCCCAGCCUGCGCCGCACGCCACCAAUCAAUCAAUCUCGCGAGCCUUGACAUACCUGGCGCAAAUGUGUCCUCUUUUGCGAACUUUCACAUGCACGGGUGCGCAUAUGCGCAUAUACCCAACCCCAAGGACCACUACCACGACCGCGGUAUAGCCGCACAGGCAUCUGCAGAUCAUGUGUUUGCCCCGCCCUCGCAGGAGGGAGCACACUCCCAGCCUCCGAGGUCUCUCCAUCCUCGCCAUCUUGCUCAUGCGCCACGGAUCGUGUACGCCACACUUUGCGGCCUCGAGACCAUGCGUGCAGGAAUCGCCAAUUAUGUGUGUCGUUCUGCUGCGGAGAUCCGCGACGAGAUGUCGAGUAUCGUGCUUCCCAUCGCGCUUUCGCCGACAUUUCUCUCAUCUUCCUUGUUGUGCGGCCCUGAUUAUCAGCUUAGUAUCAGCUGCGAUCCCUCCUCGGAGCUUCGUGCUCGGACCUUGAUAAGAUUCACGGAUCGUGGAACCGCUCCCCGCACAUCUCCCCGCCAUCUCUGUGCGAGCCUCGAGGCGUGA